CUGGUCCAGGUCUGGAUGUUGAGCAACAGUAAAAACUCUGGCGUGUUGCAACUUCAGCCUAUAAAAGCCGGGCCGGAGAGGAGUCCUCCAUGUGGACCAGAACUCAGAGAUCUGAAGAUGAGACCAAUCCUCGUUUUACUGGCCGUGCUGUGUGUGUGUGACGCUGUUCAGUUCGGGCAGCUCUGCAGGGGAAACCCGUCCAACAGAAGAAGGACGUCGGACCGGCAUGGAGAGGGACACUACGGAGCCCGAAGGGGGACCAGAGUCCACCAAGGCCUGGACAUUGUGUGUGAGGACGGAUCUGACGUGUACGCUCCGUUCGACGUGACGCUCCACGGAAAACUCGUCGUCUACAACGACCCCCGAAAGGCGGCCAUAGACGAGGGCGUCAACCUGCAGGGACAGGGUCUGUGCUUCAAGCUGUUCUAUGUGAGGCCGGACAGAACCUCUGGGACGGUCCGGAAGGGCCAGAAGAUCGGAACCAUGCUGCCCAUGCAGAGAGUUUACCCGGGAAUCACCUCCCACAUCCACGUGCAGAUGUGUGACAAGAGCGACCCCACGGGGUACUUCUGAAGAACCAGAUCCACCGUCCGGAACCAGACCCACCCACAUCCACCCUCCAGUACCACAUCCACCCUCCAGAACCAGACCCACCCUCCAGAACCAGAUCCACCGUCCAGAACCAGAC